AUGCCUGUGACGGAAAUCAUAUCUACAGCAAGAAUCCGCGCGAUGGGAAGGGAAAAGGUGGCGGAAGACGAGGAGCAGGCGAUGAGGGUCGCCCAGGAAGAGAUGAGGGCACGGUUGGCUCAUCUAGAGGUUGCUAUUGAGGCUCUCACCCUAGAGAGGGACAGGGCAAAGUGGGAGGUUGAGAAGGUGGACGCCGUCAUGGCUCCGGUGCGGCGGGUCCCGGAGGAGAUGAUGUCGGAGGUAUUCGAGUGGGUGCUGGUAGGGAUGGACGAUGAUGUGGGGAGGGCGAGGCAGAUUGGGCGCUUGCGGAUUGUCAGCGCGGGGUGGCGGGCGAUAGUGGACGGAACCCCGUCCCUAUGGACCCGUGCAUGCACUACGAGGGACCAGUACCUCCACGUACGGCUGAACAAGCGGAACUCGGGCGCACUCCCAAUGAGCCUGGUGCACACUGGGGAGGGAGCAGACUCUGCGGCGCUAGGAGCUCUCACGACGCUCGGGGGUGCGAUUGGACGGUUGACGUCGUUGAAGCUGAGAGCAACGUGUCUCUUCUUGGGUUCGCAAAUGCCUACACCCUCCUUCCCGGCGCUAACUACGGUUGAGCUCAUCCUGGACGGCGCCCCGCACGUGAACGCACUCAUAUGGUUGACAUACGCGCACGGCCUACGAGUGCUGACGAUACGAUGCGAAGGUGUGCGUAUGGACGAGCGCUUCACGAUGCGUGUACCCGACUUUCCCUGGCUGGAGGCCUUGACUCUGCGGGGGCUGGAGCAUGGCUGCACCGGGUUCAUUCUGCACCUACUGCAGAGAACCACGACGGUCCGCUCGGCCUACAUCGAUGCGAUGAUCGAUGACGUGGAGAUGAGCGACAACUGGGUGGCCACCACCAACAUAUUCACGCCGCGGCUGCAAUGCUUGGAGCUGCAGGGCGACGUGUCCUUCGUGCUCGCGAUACUGACUGCACCCCAGCUGCAAGAGCUGACGCUGGGAGACAUGAACAAUGGGCGAGUCCCGCUCAAUGACCUCGCCAUCAUGUUGAAUCGACCAGGUGGCUGUCCAGACCUGGAGACGCUCGCACUCAAUAAAGUCCACUCCGGACUGCCUGGCGCGGCCGGAGGCCUGGCUGCCUGCUUGAGGGGACUGGGAAGCUUGAAAGUUUUGGAAGUGGACGACACUGGCUCCCAACGGGGUUUGUUCGGGCGGGCGGAGAUGUUCAACGCCAUGUCUGGAGGGGCCACGCCGAUCGUAAUGCCGCGGCUCGAGCAGUUUGACUACUGGCAACCGGGUGAUGGCUUGCCGGACGAAGCCUGGGUUGCGUUCAACCAACUGGUAGAUUCGAGGGCGGAGGAGCAAAUCGUAGGUACCCAGCAUCUCAGCGCACUGGUAGUGUACGUGGACGACCUGUGA